GGUGGAUGUCGUGUAGUGGGGCGGAAUCUGUGGUACCGUUUCUGUCUGGAGACUGAUCUCUCCCGGAAGUGGGUGGUUAAAUCGCCACUCGGUCACUGCUGGCGAUCGCUGGGAUGAAGGAGAGUCAGGGACAUUCUUGUGGCUGACAAAUAUCCUACGACACAUUUGUGAAAUUUCAUUUUUAACAGAUUUGUUGCGGUACAUCCGCAGAACAUCACAAACGCUUAGAAAAAAAUCCCAGACACUCCGCCGCCAAGAUGAUGGAGGAAAUUGACAGAUUUCAAGUGCCCACCGAGGCAGAAAUGCAACCUUUUGAUCAAUCUUCGUCAACCACAUCAGAGGCAGACUCAGAUACCAGAGAAAGUGAACCUGCCACCCUAAACUAUAAACCUUCUCCUCUUCAUAUGAAAAUAGACAAACAGAGAGAGCAUGUUCGGAAGGGAUCGCUGAAAAAUGGCAACGCUGGAAGCCCCGUCAACCAGCAACCCAAGAAAAAUAAUGUGAUGGCAAGAACAAGGCUAGUGGUCCCCAAUAAAGGCUAUUCGUCUUUAGACCAGAGUCCAGAUGAGAAACCUUUAGUUGCUCUAGACACAGACAGCGAUGACGACUUUGACAUGUCUAGAUAUUCCUCAUCAGGAUACUCAUCAGCCGAGGUGAGGUCUCUAAGGGAACAGCAGAUAAACCAGGACCUGAACAUCCAGCUACUGAAAGAUGGAUACAGGCUGGAUGAGAUUCCUGAUGAUGAAGAUCUGGACCUCAUACCACCCAAAUCUGUCAACCCGACUUGCAUGUGCUGCCAAGCCACCUCCUCCACUGCUUGUCAAAUCCAGUAAACCCCCUAACUUCUUGCUCCCUUUCUCUAAUUUUUCUUCUCUCAUUAUAUGUCAUAAUCUCAGACAAGACACUUAGUCAGUACUACAGAAGGAAAUGUACAGUGAAGGUUAUGAUAAACAUGAUGUACAGAUAAACACACACACAUAUUACAUGCGCAAAUACACACAUACAUUUACUCUAACGUACGAUUAUUAACAUGAAUAUUAUUGGUUGCUUCCUCCUAUGGCAGGAUAUGCACUGUUUGCUAAUAUGCUAGGUAAGUCUGCUCACUUUCACUUUCUAGCGAGCAUUGUGUUAUACUGUAAGUGAACGUAGAACAAAUAAAGCAUUGAAAUGACUUUGUGAAUUAAAAAUAAACUUGAUGUUACAGAGAGUUUAAAUAGUUUAUCCACUGUUGCACUCAUUGCAUAACUUUGUCGUUAUGGUAAGUUUUGAUUUAUAUAUGGAUCUGGUUGGAUGUUUAUUGUUAGUGGCUGCUGCUGAGUCUAUACUUGGUUAUGUUUCUGUUGAACAUUUUGCAUGUUGGAGCAUUCGUACUGCAGUGCUAACAGCAACCUCGUCUGGCACGCACUUUGAACAUCACAUGUUGUUUUGUUUUACGCCUUUUUCAAAAUUUGGUACUGUUUGAUCUGACAUGUUUGUAUUUUAUUUAUUUGAAUGAUUUAAACCUGGAUUAUAUCAACUUUAUUAUCAAUUUAAUCAACUAUUAACUGGAUUAUAUCAUUAAAAAAAGAAAAAUAUUUCUACACUGUAAAGAAUUUAUUUUAAAGUUUAAUUAACUUGAAUUUACAAUUCAUUUCAACUUUCUUGACUAGAAAAGUUGCUAUAAGGCGUUGUUAUAAAUGAAAAUAAAUAAUUUAUUAUUUCAACUUUAUUUUUAUAAUUUAUAGCAACUCCUCGCUAAGGUUGAAAAUUAAUUAAGUCUGAAAGGUUGAAAUUAAUUGUAAUUUUAAAUUGAUUAAACUUAAAAAUUUAAAUGCAACAAGGAUUUUUUUACAGUGUAUGGCAGUGACUCUUAUUUGGGAAUCUGAAUGAUUUUACCUUAUUGGUCACGUGUCAAGGCCUGGACUGCUGUUAUUUAGACAGGAUGUCCAAGAUAAAGCUCCUCUAUGAUUGUUUCUUAAUGUUUAGAUGUCUCAUGGUAAUAAUAAAAAACUGUAUGAUCUGAUGGCCCCACCAAAGAAUGUUUUUUUUUUCUUGUGGACUACUCUGCCUUUUUAAUUUAGUAUUUCAUAUACAUAAUACUAUACAGUAUGGUCUCAUUGAAAACAGUUUUGACACUGUAGGCUGUUAGUAAAGAUAAGGUUUGCUUGUAUGUCUUUUAAAAUGAUAAAUAUUAACUUUCCUGGCCUAUCUUAACAAACAUUAUUAAAAAAUAUUUAAGGUGGCAAUUGUAAAACUGCAGUAUUUGGGUUUUCCUUUUGCAACAACACAAUAAAUCCAUAUAGAGGUGGUACUGAUUUUUGAAGCUAAGAUUUGCAUACAAACAUGUUUGUUAUAUUUACACUCAACGUGUAUAUGAUUAACCUGAAUCUUAAAUCCAAACUGUAUGACAUGAAAUGCUCAAAUUCGCAUUUUGGUCAGUUUUACCUGUGUAAUGACCUGAUGUAUUCAAUUCAAAGCAUAAUCUAAAAUUAGGAUUUGUUGAUGAUCAAAGCUGUGUUUUAUGUCACAAAUUAUGUGAGAGUCCAUUUAUGUAUUAACAAUGUUGUUGGUUUCAGUGAUAUCAAUAAAAGCAGACCUGAAUCGCA